AUGCCAGCACGGCUCGACGGACGAACGUCAGACCGAGAUCUCACCGCUGUGCCGUCCAGCGAGGUCGACGCAAGUCACGCUCACGACGCUGAGGACGAGCUGCCAGAAGCCUACUGCGGAGGAUGUGGUCGUCUGAUUGACGAGGAGAGCGUCGAAGACGGCGUCAUCCAAUUCGCAACCAAGCUCUGGCACAUCGAGUGCUUUCGAUGCGCAAAGUGCAAGAAUAGAGUCAGCACAGAGCGCGACGAUAUUCUCCUCCUCUCCGAUGGCCAUCCCAUCUGCGGCGAGUGCAACUACUCUUGCAACAUCUGCCAUCUGCCCAUCAUGGAAGAAGCUAUUAUGACUGGCGACGAGUCGUAUCACGCUUCCUGCUUCACAUGCCGCUCCUGCCACUCCAAGAUCGAGGAGCUCGUCUUUGCCAAGACCAGCCAAGGCAUCUACUGCAUGAAGUGUCACAACGAACGUGUCGCACGGAGUCGCAAGCACGCAGAGCACAAACGUGCAAAGGCUCGCCGCGAGAAGCAGAUCCAGGAGGCACAGUCCGCAGAACCCAGCCAUCGCAGCACCUUGACAACGCCGGGCACCUCCGCGACCACCUCUUCACCCUUGUUGGACCUGUCGCCUUCGAUCCCAUCCAAAGAGUCGUCGUCGCCUUCUCCUUCCAUCCUCGCUUCUCCGGCACCCAGUGGAGCCAGCCUGUCUCCCUACAUUGGUCAGAGCAGCUCAUCUGCUGCCUCCCGACCCAACAAUGCGGCAGGCAAGCGUCCGAUGAAUGCGCCGCCGCCGCCUUCGCGCGAAGCACGCAGCCCGGCCAUGGGCGCACAGGCCAGGCUCGAUGGCCGAAGUGCACUCCCCUCCAACGCAUCGCAGGCAUCCUUGUCGUCCAUCACCAUGGACGAGCCUCCGCGGCCGCAGAGCAGAGGCUACGAAGUCACAGCGCCCCUCUCUCCGCGAAAGAAGACGUUCGGGUCAGGUCUCGACUCUUCUCAGGGCUCGCCUGCAGCGGUUAGGACGGGGCUUCCCGCCAUGGAUGCAGCAAGCUCUUCGCCCAGUCCGUCUGCAUCACCCCUCAAGAAGAGCUUUGCCAUGGAAGUGUCGCCCUCGCGAGACUCUGAGCGAACACUACGACCCUCGAGCCGCGAGGGCCUCGGCGUCAGCCUUCGAACCUCCAGCAUCAGAGCGGGAGCAGCCGCAAGAGAUCCUCUCGCCGCCUCGGCCUCUUCCUCGCGACUUUCCAAGGUUUACUCCUUCUACGAUCCCGACUUUCUCAACUUGGUCGAGUCCUUUGGCGACUUUGGCUCGAACGACGAGCUGCGAGCUCAGGCCCCGCCCGUGCCAGCUCUGCCGGCCUCCAUCGCUUCCACCUCACGUGCUUCAUCCACGUCACUCAUGGACGCUCCGCCCAGCCCAUCCGCGCUGUCGACGUCCAGCGCAAAGGUGACCACUUCGCCAAGCGGUUCGGCUAUUGCAAAGGGAAGCUUCGAUCGAGACGCUGCCGGGCAGCACGACGAAAGCCUCAAUGUAGCAGAUGACGUCGACAGUGAGGAGGAGGUGCUGCGAGACGUUCGCAGAAAUACGGCGAUGUCAACUGGCUCGCUCAAGGAGGUGUCGUCCCGGGUCCGUGCUUCGAUGCAACAAGCACGAGACGGUCAAGUGAGCAUGGACAUUUCCUUUGUCGAGACAAUGCUUCGCGACCUCGAGCAGACGCGCCAACGCAUGGAGUCGCUUCAGACGCGCUACGACCGCAUCCGACGGGCCAGUCAGCAGGCAGCCCACGGCUUCACCAUGGCCAAGGAAGAAUUCGAGCACGAAGUCAACGCCCGCCACGAGGCGGAGCUCGAGAUGGCGCGGCUGCGUAGGAAGCUCGCAGAUCAAGCGCUGAAGCUCGCCACGGCGGAUAGCGAGAGGCGGCAGCACGAGCAGCUCGUACGACGAUCGCAGGACGUCAAGGCGUCGCUCAAAGGCAUGGAGCGCGAUCUGGCGAAGCUGACUGUCGAACGGGACUUGACGGUGGCCGAGGUGGCCGAGCUGGUUGCGCUGCAGGACGGCGCUGUCACCUCUCCCUCUCUCGGUUCAUCCUCCAAUGGCGCCCGAUCGUCGACCAGCACAGUCGACGCGGCCAUCACCCAAAAUCUCACCUCGCGCCUCGAAUCAGUCAAAAGCCGCUACCGCCACGAAAUCGACGAGCUGACCAUCGAGCGAGACUCACUCCUCAUCGAGAUUGAGGAGCUCAAGCAGUCCAAGGAGCUCUUCCUCGAGGAGGCGCAGACCCUCAACGCCAAGAACGAGGAGCUCAACACGGUGCUCGCGCAGCUGAGUCGACGCGUCGAGCUGGCCGCGCACUCCAGGGAUCAGCUGCCACCUUUGCCACCUUUGCCGAAGGACCUGUCGUCCACCAAGACGUCGGGUGGCGGAGGAUUUGGGUUCGGAUCGCGCUACAAGCAGGUGUCGAAGCACACGCCGCACAACCCGUCCAUCUCGUCACACGAUGCGCCGCCGAGCAGCGCAGGCUACGACACGGUCUCGCUAGACACGGCGGUGCAGCAGGUGAUCAAGCCGGGUCGCGUCGAGCCAGCGCCCAUCGCCAAGAAGUUCAAGUGGAUGAAGCCCAAGCUGUCCGAGACGACCAAAGCCAACGUGUCUCCUGGGCAGGGUGGUGGUGUGCCGCCUGUGCCGCCGAAGGGACCUGGCUUGGGCACCAGUGUGGGAGGCACCGCUAUGACGCGGGCUACGUCGCACGACGUUGUGGUCCGCGAACACCUCUUCCAGCCAUUCAACGUGCUUCGUCCCACGCGCUGUUUUGCCUGUCAGAAAAACAUGUGGGGGCAGUCGGAGAUGCGCUGUGCGCUGUGUACGCAGGUAUGUCACUCGCGAUGUCUGCAGAACCUACCUGUGUCGUGCAACCAGCCGUUCUCUCUCGAUGGCCAAUCCGAUCCUGCAGGGCCAUCGAUGUUCGGGCGUUCGCUGACCGAGCAGGCGGCUCAGGAAGGUCGCGAUGUCCCGAUCAUUGUCGAAAAAUGCAUCCAGGCAGUGGAAGCGUUCGGAAUGGACUACGAGGGCAUCUACCGCAAGUCCGGCGGAACCUCGCAGCUCAAAGUCAUCACCCAGCUGUUCGACCGCGGCAACGCGUUUGAUCUCGAGGACACGGAUCGAUUCAACGACGUCUCGGCCAUCACCAGUGUGCUGAAGAACUACUUCCGCGAACUGCCCACGCCGCUGCUGACGUUCGAGCUGUACGACGAGCUGAUCCAGGUCGUCGAGUCCAAGCAGGAGGAUGCGGCGACGAAGCAGGCGUUGAUGAAGGAGCUGGUGGAGAGACUGCCCAGACAGCACUAUUGUACGCUGCAGCAUCUGGUGUUGCAUCUGCAUCAUGUGCAGGAUAGGAGCGCGGAUAACAGGAUGAAUGCGAGGAAUCUCGGCGUUGUCUUUGGGCCGACGCUGAUGCGGUCCGCGGAUCCGACGCAGGAGUUCGCCCACAUGGGAGGAAAGGCGAUGACCAUCGAGUUCUUCAUCGAUCACGCGCCCGAGCUGUUCCGCUGA